AUGCUUGAGACUGCCUCGAUCCUCCGAUCUGCUACUGAAGAUUCUCUCAUUAUCAUUGAUGAGCUCGGCUGUGGAACUUCAACGUACGACGGAUUCGGCCUCGCAUGGUCUAUAUCCGAGCACAUUGCGUCCCACAUCCGCGCUUUCUGCUUGUUUGCUACUCACCUUUACGAGUUGACUGCCCUCGACCACGAGCUUCCUCACGUGAAAAACCCCUACAUCGUGGCUCAUGUGAAUCAGGAAUAUGCAUCUGCGCCACGCGAGAGGGAUAUCACGCUCUUGUUCAAGGUCGACCCAGAAGAUUUCGCGACUGGACAGCAAUCAGAACCCGAGCGCUCAGACGAAGUCACCGAGGAAGGCAUCCAAAUUAUUGAGGAGUUACUGAAAAAGUGGGCCUCGGAGUCUUCGGCUGACGAUGAGGACGUUGUGAUGAACGAUGUGUUGCACGAGGCUCGACUGUAA